AUGGCCUUGUCAAAUUUUGUAUAUAGUUUAUUUUUAUUCUCAUUUGUAUAUUCAAUUUCAAUACCACCAUCAAUACUAGAAGAGCCCGAUUCAGACAUAAUUUUUGAUUCUCGUCUUAAUCUUCAAUUAGCAUGUUUAGCAAAAGGUGAGCCAACUCCAACUUAUACAUGGACAAAAAAUGGAUAUUUAUAUGAAACGAAUGAACAAAAUAAUCGUGUUACUAUGGCAAAUGAUUCUGGCAUGCUUACUUUUAUUCAACCGCAAAGUAUUGAUCAAGGAUGGUAUCAAUGUAAUGCGACAAAUAUUUGGGGCACUGCAGUAUCACGUCGAGUUCAUGUACGUAUUGCAGAACUUGGUGAAUUUCCUAUUUAUGAUCGAGCACAAGUAAUUCAAGUGAGACGUGGUGAUUCAUUAAGAAUUCCAUGUAAACCACCAAUUAGUGUACCGGAUCCGGAGAUCUAUUGGACAGACAAUACCAAUUCUGAUAAUCAAAUUGGUUUUCGUGUAGCAAGCUCGCGUAUACAACAAGAUUAUGAUGGAAACCUUUAUCUUAUUAAUGUCAAAGAUGAAGAUGAAGAAAAACAAUUUACAUGCAAUGUAUUUUCAGGAAAAUUAGAUGUUAUUCGCCGUGGUUCAGUAACAAAAUUAAAAGUUAUUAAAACAGAACCAAUCGAACGUAAACCAACGAAACUAUGGUCGUCUGAAGCGAACAAAGUAUUUUUAAAAGGCCAAAAACUAUCAUUAAAAUGUGUAUUUGAUGGUUUACCAACACCGGAUGUAAUAUGGAGAAAAGACAAUGGUGGUCUACCUGAACAACGUUCUAAUAUUAAUCGAGAGAAACAAGAAUUAAUUAUUACUGAUCUUCAAUAUGAAGAUGCUGGCGUGUAUGAAUGUCGAGGACAUAAUGAAUUGGGAUACGAUGGAUUUGCUAUUAAUGUUCAAGUUGAAGCUGCCCCAUAUUGGUUAGAGAAACCUAAAGAUGCUUAUUUAGUAGAAGGUGAAACAGUUGAUGUAAUUUGCAAUGCAGAAUCUAAGCCAGCAUCAAAAAAUACUCAAUGGUUAAUAAAUGGCGUACCGUUACAAGACAUCAACGUUCCAUACAAUCCACGCCGACGUAUCAUGAGAAAUAGAAUGAUUAUACAAAAUGUAACAAAAUUUGAUACGGCUGUUUAUCAAUGUAAUAUUUCUAAUGUUCAUGGUUAUGUUUUUGCAAAUUUCUUUAUUAAUAUUAUUUCGGAAAAACCAACAAUAAAACGUGGACCGGAAACAUUUUACCAUUUAGUCGAAGGACAAAAUAUAAUAUUACCCUGUGAAACAAUAGGUGCGUCAUCGUCAAAAAUCUAUUGGAAUAAACGCAAUAGAAUUAUUACUAGUGCAAGAUAUUCCAUAUCUAAAGAUGGCAGUUUAACAAUUCCAGCCGCUGUUUUAUCAGAUAGUGGAGUUUAUGUUUGUAAUGCAACAAAUAAAUUUGGUUUCGAUACACGUAAUACAACAUUGACUGUUAAACAAAAAACUCGUAUUCAAACUGGACCAAGUAAUCAACAAGUACGUCGAGGUUAUCAAGCCAUUUUUCGAUGUACGGCUACUGUUGAUCCUUCAUUAACAUAUAAUAUUGAUUGGUAUAAAGAUGGUGAAUUACUGACCUACGCAGGCCGUUUUAUUAAAGAUAUAGCGGAUCAGAAUACAUUAAAAAUUGUUGAUGUACAAUUUGAUGAUUCUGGUUCGUAUGUAUGUCGUGCAAGUACAGAAUUAGAUUUUGAUGAUGCAAGUGCAACUUUAAUUGUACAAGACCGACCGAAUCGACCAAAAAUAACAAAAGUAAUUUGUAAUGGAUCCAGUGAUCAACCAUUUUCCAUUGUUCAAUGGCGAGGAACAGGUGAUAACAAUGCACGAAUACUCUAUUAUGAAUUACAAUAUAAUACAACAUUUCAACCUAAUGAUUGGAUUUCUAUACCUAUUGAACAACGAAAAGAAUCUUUUAGUGAAAUUAAAUUACCGGAUGGUUCUAUCAAACUAGAACCGAAAGCUAUAAGUAACGAAUUAAAUAUUGAAGAAAAAAAACCAAUACCUUAUUGUUUUUGUUUAGCUUUUAACACAACACAUAUCCCAUCAAGUCAAAAUGAUUUACGUGUAUCAUUAUCAUGUUGGGCUAAUUAUACAUUUCGUGUUAUUGCUUACAAUCGUAUUGGUGCAAGUGAAGCAAGUCCUACUUCUGAACCACUUUGUACAACAAAAACCUGUCGCCCUAAAACAAAUCCUGAAGGUAUUAAAUCUUCUACAGCACAAUCUGCAUUAUUAUUAAUCGAGUGGGAGAGUAUGCCAAAGAUAAAAUGGAGUUCACCGGAUUUUUGGUAUGAAGUUGGUUGGCGACAAUAUGCUUUGGACAAUAGUUCAGAACCAUUUUCAACAGAAAUUAUUUAUCCACCAAACUAUCAAUUUACCAUACCAAAUACAAUGACGGAUAUGCGGUAUCAGUAUUAUGUUAAAGCAGUCAAUCAACAAACAGGAGCAAACAACAGCACUGAUGCCAUCGAACCACCAGUAUACAAUAUUGCUUUUGCUGGUGAUUCAGCACCAACAUAUGUUCCACGUAAUUUUCGUGUAUUACAAAUGCUUGAUAGUACAACAGUGCAAUUUGCAUGGGAUCCACCAUUGUCUUCGGAUGAAAUUAAUAUUCGUGGCGCUCUCAAAGCUUAUCAGAUUGAAAUAUUUCGCCUUGAUAAUCCAGUAAAAUCUCGUCUUUUAAUAUCUGAUAUACUACCAAAUCAAACUUCGUCAACAGUUUUCAAUGCACCACCUAAUGCGGAUGUUGGUGCACAUAUUCGUAUUGAAACAGAACGCUAUCUCGGACCGACAAGUCCUGUUAUUCAGUUCCCUACACGUGAGGGUCGCCCAGAACCAGUGACUAAUUUGCGUGGUGUACCUUACACUAGCAAUGGAAUUUUUUUGCUUUGGGAUCCGCCAGAUGAAACAAAUGGUGUUAUAAUUGGUUAUCAAAUUGAUUAUAAACCUAUAGAAAGUAUUGCUGCCCAACCCGGCGUUGAUCAACCUUCGAUAUUGCUGCGUGAUGAUGCACGUCGAAAUUAUCUUCUUAGUGGCCUUAAACCAAAUACAAAAUAUCGUGUUCAAGUACGACCACGAACAUCAAUUGGUCUAUCGACAAGCCCAGCUAUAAUUGAACUAACAACAAAUUUAACUCUUGCUCCAUCAAAACCAACAUUUACAGUAACACAACGGGGACAAACAUUUUUUAAUGUUUCGUUUGAUCCAACAAUAAUGACUAUUCCUGGUAGUGUGUAUUAUGUGCAAUAUAAAGAAAAUGAUCAAGAUGAUCAAACUACUACUUUCAAAGAGUCUUAUAAUGUGUCGAACGAUCGUACUAUUCUAGUUAAUUCACUUGAACCGGGUAAAACUUAUACAACAAUAUUAGUUGCUGGUGAUGGUAUCCUAUCUGAAACAAAAAGUGAUCCUCAAAUGGUUUCAACUCGUAAAAAGGGUAAAUUUUGA